ACCACUCAUCACCAGCUAGCUCUAGCAAAGCACUUGCCAUCUACCGACCGCCGCAUUCCAAACAGCCCGACGAGCUAGCAGAGCGGCAGGCACCUCCCUCCUCAAGGAACAUGGCCCGCAUGCAGAAGUUGGCAGUGGCGACGGCGGCCGUGGUGGCCUUGGUGCUGCUGGCGGCGGCGGCGACCUCGGAGGCGGCCAUCAGCUGCGGGCAGGUGGCGUCGGCCAUCGCGCCCUGCAUCUCCUACGCGCGCGGCCAGGGCUCGGGGCCCUCCGCUGGCUGCUGCAGCGGCGUCAAGAGCCUCAACAACGCCGCCCGCACCACCGCCGACCGCCGCGCCGCCUGCAACUGCCUCAAGAACGCCGCCGCCGGCGUCAGCGGCCUCAACGCCGGCAACGCCGCCAGCAUCCCCUCCAAGUGCGGCGUCAGCAUCCCCUACACCAUCAGCACCUCCACCGACUGCUCCAGGGUGAACUGAACCCUAAACGACGACGACGGCGCCGGCGGCCGCCUGAAGACGAUCCAUAUCUAUCCCGCCGUCGUCGGCGCCCGCGGAUCGGACCGUCAUGACCAUAUCUACCUACGCAUGAUCACGACUUGCAUGUCUACUACUACUACUGAAUAAAAAACCUCUCCGCGCACGUCGUCCUUGUGUUUGUGUGUGUGAGAGAGAGAGGAGAUGGAGAGCCGGCCAUGUCCUUUUGGCUGUUUGGUUUAUUUUUGAGUUCAUGCGGUCUUUAUUUAUUUCCAUGUACGCUGCUUCCUCGUAUACCCACUUUAAAUUUGUACCAUGCAUGCAUGUUCCUUAUGAUA